CUUCACUCGCUUUGCGUUACAGUUAAAACUUAAAACAGCGCGAGUACGAGGCGUUCUUUCGCUUUUCGGACAAGAAGAGAGAGAGAGAGAGAGAGAGAGAGAGAUGGGGUGGAUCGGAGAUGCCGUCGAUUCCGUCAAAUCGCUUCAGAUUCGUCAAGUCGUCUCGCAAGUCGUCAGUCUCGGUAUGAUCGUCACUUCAGCCCUGAUAAUAUGGAAGGGACUAAUGUGUAUAACUGGUAGCGAAUCACCUGUUGUUGUGGUGCUUUCCGGGAGCAUGGAACCCGGCUUCAAGAGGGGUGACAUUUUGUUCUUGCAUAUGGGAAAGGAUCCUAUUCGUGCAGGCGAAAUUGUUGUGUUUAAUGUCGAUGGACGUGAAAUCCCCAUUGUUCAUCGGGUAAUUAAGGUUCACGAGCGUCAAGAUACAGGUGAAGUCGAUGUCCUCACGAAAGGAGAUAAUAAUUACGGGGACGAUAGGCUUCUGUAUGCGCAAGGCCAGCAAUGGUUGCAAAGACACCAUAUCAUGGGGAGAGCUGUUGGGUUCUUACCGUAUGUUGGUUGGGUGACUAUUAUCAUGACCGAGAAACCUAUCAUCAAGUAUUUACUUAUAGGGGCGCUGGGACUGCUGGUCAUAACUUCGAAGGAGUAGGAACUCAAGUUUACCCCAUGAUCUAAAAUAGAAACCCUUCAAAUCUAAGCAGAAUUUUUCUUUGUUUGUAAACUGGUUGUUAGCAUUGAGACGCUAUUUAUCGAUGGACAAAAUUUUGUGCUCUC